AUGAAGGAUCGUGCUAUACCCACAUCAGAAACAAAAUCAAAUUACACUAUGGGUACAGUGCUCAAACAGGAUCUUGAGGUCGCCACCGCGAACACUGCGGCAAUUGCGCGAGUAACGGAGAAGGAGGACGUGAAAACCCUAAUGUACCAAUUCGACGUUGACGUACCAGGGAAGUACGCCGUUCAAGAGGUGGAGGUAAUGGUUCAUGCCCCAGAGUACUUGGAAUCUUUCGAGCACCCAAAAGACAUGAAGUUGUGCGCCUUCAUGGAUCUUUUUAACGACAAGAUAGAUGCACCCAAAAGACAUGAAGUUGUGCGCUUUCAUGGAUCUUUUUAA